AUGAGCGGUGCGGGCGAGAAUCGGAGUAGCUGGCAGCGGCCGCAGGGACGAGGCAACCGUGCCUCUGGCUCGAACAACCCAGGCAAAGAUGGCGGGAGGCAGCAGGCCAUGUCGGCGCUGUCUGGCAACGCGUGGAAGGGAAAAGGACAGGGCGGCGGUGAGCGGGCGCAGGCGCAGACACCCAGUGUCCCCGCAGAACAGCACGUACCUGUGAAGGACUUCAAUGCUGGCGAAGUCAAGGAGUUCUUGAAAAAGAAAUACCUUGAAAGCGUCGCAGGUACAUCUGCCUCGAACAACGCGCUCGCAACAGACAUGGGGACUAAUGGCAAACCUCUAGACCAACCAUCCGCAUACCACAAGGUACAAGGGGAUUCUGUAGCAAAGAGGAGCAGCGGUGCUUGGGGCUCUCGAGGCAACAUGCCACACCUCAUGCCCAGUGGGCAGGACUUCUUCACGCAGCUCAAGAAGCAGCUGGCGUCCCUCGAUCAGGCCAAGCCUUCGUAA